GCGCGAGACGGCGCGCGCGCAGCCGAGAACCGCGCGGAGUUAUGUGACCGUACCAGUGGUGCUAUUCCUCUAGUACCAGUUGUCUAUUACUUUUGUGUAUCAGUGGUCUUCUACUGCAGUACCAGUGGUCUAGUCCAUAAUCAAUUAGUUAAUUGUGUGGUGCUGUGCAAAAUAUGGUAGCUAUGGUGGCCUCCGCGUCUGGAUACGGUACGCUGCGCCGUUUCUUGAGCGCGCCCGACGGUCAGGGUGUGGAUGUUGGGGAAGUGGCGAUAACUACUUCGGUUGCUGUUUCGUCGAAGCAGAGGGCAUCGAUUAAAUGGCUGCUGUCCAAGGCCUUCAACAAUAGGGUGCCGGAGAAUCUGCAGGAACCCUUUUACAGGGAUCACGAGGAUCAGGAGCAUCUUAAGCCGCCUAUAGUUGGGGGUCUGGCGAACGCGGAGCUGUACUGCCUAGCGCUCGCCAACAUGUACUCGGACCCUAACUACCACAGCCUGAGUCAUUGGAACAUCCUGCAGACGCUUGCGAGGAAGGGCGUUCCAGUGCCAGACCCCGCCGACUGCGCGCUCACUGAGACCGUCCUUAUACAGACCAACCCCUUGAAAAUGAGUGCGCACAUGUGUGUGAUGGAAGCGUUAAUGGUGCUGUACGCGCGGGAGGUGGUGACUGGUGACCGGGUGGCAGCCGCCGUGCAGAGGUUCGGUUUCUCCCAGCAGUCAGCUAUCACUGGCCACGAAGACGGCCUGCUCACGUGGAUCAAUGCGGCCUGCGCGGCUCUUAACAAUGCUGAGGAUGAAUCUUCAAGUAAAGUGCCUCCUCUGCGGUCGCUGCAAGAGGCGUGUGACGGCGCGGCGCUGGCCGCACUGAUAUCGUUCUAUUGCCCGGAGGCGCUGCCGAGGUCGGCGGUGCGCGUGGGCCGCAUGUCCUCCAUACACGACUGUUUGCACAACCUCAUGCUGGUGCGCGACUUCUGCCGCGAUCGUCUGCCGCAUGAUGUCUUCCAUAUGAUGCCCGAAGACGUCGCUUAUAUGCGCGGAUCAAUGCGUCAAAACUUAGUAGCGAUGCUCGCUGAUCUGUUUAAUUUGCUAGAAGUGCAUCCUGUGAAGUCAGUCAAAUAUCCGGGUAUAGCGCGCGCGGACAGCAACGCCCACGGCGUGCGUCACAAGCGCUGCCUGCCGCCGCCGCCGCCGACGCCAAUCCCGGAUCUGCGCGCGGACGCCCACGCCCACGCCCACGCCCACGCCGCCAACACGCCCCUGCCAGUGUCACGGUCGCCGUCAGCGAGCGGUGUGCGGGGCCGCGCUGCGGGCAGGUCCGCGUGCUCGACGCCCGAACGUCGCAGUAUGAGUCCACAGCGCGAGGAGUUUGUGGUACACAGGGGCCGCGCUAUCACCACACUCUCGGCACUCGUACGACGUGAAGACGAAAACGCCUACAGUCCGUACCCGGGUGUGGGGGUUGGGGGGGUGGCUGCAGGGCGGCCGUCAUCCCGCGGGCCGCGCGAGUCGUUCGCGGGGCGGCGCUCGCGGCGCUCCUCCAUCUCUGACGACAGCCAACUCACAGUGGAGAACUUCGGCGGCUCUCAGGACCGCCUGCACUUCGCUGGACGCAACCCGGAGAAGGAGCUCGCCACUGUCACCUCCGCGGCCGCCAUGACGCACCAACGCAAGAUAUCCGCGCCCGCUGGUCCUAUAGACUACAAUCCUCCUCUCCGGUCAUCGAGACAGGACAUCCGAGGUUCAAUACAGUUCUUCCACGAGGACUAUCAGAAUGGUCAAGAGGAGCGAAAUAAAAUGGAGCGGCAGCACUCCCAGCCGCAGACCACGGAGCAGUACCAUCCUAUAAGAAGACAACUCAGUAGUGACACGAUAACAGUCAAUCAAACCCACGGCAUGAGUUACAAAGGAGGAGGGGAUGGGUAUUACCUCAAUGAUAGGGAUUCCACUGAUGGAGAUGGAUCAAAAACAAGCUUUGCAGAUCUCAACAAGAUUAGGAGCAACGGUGACCAGCAAGGGCUGGUGAAGAUGAAGGGCGAGGGUGAACCGGAGCGGCGCAAGACUACCACGUUCUCGACACCACCACCAAACACCACAACUUGGCAGCAGCACUUCAUGCAGCAGGAACACCAGCCCAAUGGGGACGAGGUGUUAGAUGAGGCGACGUCGCCGAGCGGCGGUCAGGCAAUGGCGGCGCAACUGAACAACAUCCGGCUGAAGCUGGAGGAGAAGAGACGCCGCAUCGAGCAGGAGAAGCUGCGUAUGGAGGUGGCCGUCACACGUCGCAGCCAGCAGCUCGGACAGCAGGCAUUCCUGCAGGCUGUCACCAGGGGCAAGGGAGCGCGCACGCCCGCUGAUGAUGACGGCAAGGACGAACAUCACAAUAGACAGGACAUGGUUGUGGAACCCCCCGGCCAGUCAGCUGAGAAUGUGGCCCUGGAGCAAUACCAGCAGUCGAUAGCUAAAAUGAACUCUAGCCUGCAGGAUAUACAGAGUGACAUCGCCCGGCUGGCCAGUCAGCAGAGCCAGUUGCAGCAGCAGCAGCAACAACAGCACCAGCAGCAGCAACAGCAACAGCUGCAGCAGCAACAGCAGCAACUGCAACAACAGCAGCAACAGCAGCUGCAGCAGCAGCAGCAACACCUGCAGCAACAGCUACAGCUGCACCAGCAGCAAGCUAAACAGCUGUUCCAGCAGCCGCCGCCUCAGUCGCCCUACCAGCAACAGUUCCAACAAAACAUUCCACAAUUGCACAGUCAGUUCAGCUCGGCGCACAACGUGUCGCGCGCCAACACCACGCCCGGCUUCGGCUCCACACCUCACAUAGCGCGCGACCUCUACACCUUCGAGCCUGACGACCAGCCCCAGUUCUACCUGCACGACACUCCCGCACACCCGCCGCGUCGCACCUGGGCGCAGCACGCGCAGCACGCGCAGCACGCGCACCACGACAACACAGAGCUGCGCGGCUGGCAGCUCCAUCAACAGCAACAGCAGCAACAGCAGCAGCAGUACCCGCCGCACGAGGUGUCGCAGCGCACGUGGCGGUCGCCCUCCCCGCAGCCGCCGCCCGAGCGCACCUGGCACCCGCAGGGCUUCGUGCUGCACGACCGCACCAACCAGCCCUUCCCCGUUCAUUACAACAACGACCGGUACCAGAACGGCACCGAGAACAUUCGAGAAACGCAAAACCAUUUAAGCUACACUGUGAUAAACCCCAGCCACUACGUGUCCCAGUCGCCCCCCCCGGCGGCCAGCCCGCAGCGGCGCUCCAACACCCCGCAGCGGCAGGGCUCGCUGCCCGAGGUCUCCCGCAGGCCCGAGCCCGUCAGUCUGCAGCAGCUGCAGGCCCCCGCCCCCGCCCCCGCCCCCGUGCCCGUGCAGCCGCCCGACGACAUGGAGCCGCAGAACAUAUCGUUCAUCGGCAACGCGGAGGACGACGCGCUGCGCCAGGGGAUAAACAGGCUGAACAUAUCGUCGGGCACGCGGACGUACCGCAUACCGUCCCCCACGCGACCCUCGCUCAACAGGACCUCCUUCCAGCACAUGGAGCAGGAGGAGAGCGAACAAAACGAGAAAGGCUUCUACAUAUCGUUCGAUAACGAGCAGCCGAAGCGACCGAAGCCGCCGCUGCGGGCGAAGCGGGGCUCACCGCGCAAGGAGCGCUCCGCCGCCGAGCUGAGCCCCGAGCGCAGCCCCGAGGACACGUGGGACGAGCGAGAGGAGCUCGCGCCUCCCCCGGCUCAGGCCCCGGCGCAGGCCCCGGCGCCGGCGCACAGGAAGACGGGCGCGGCUAGCGACGUUUCGCAGCGAAUGGAAACGCCGCCUAGAGAGCGCCCGCAGCGCACCGCCAACGCCGAGCCCGCCGCGCUGCUCAUCGGCGAGCUCAACCCAGACCCCAACUCAGCGGAGGAGAUGGAGCGCAAAAAGGAGCGUAUAAUGCUGCUGUCGCUGCAGCGGCGGCAGCGCGCGGAUGAGGCGCGCGCGCGGGCCGAAGCCGCGGCGGCGGCGCGGCGAGCGCGCGAGGAGGCCGCGCAGGAGCAGAAGUUGGCGCGCAAGGAGGAGCAGGCGCGCCGGCGCGAGGCCAUCCUGCAGCAGUAUAAGCUCAAGAAGGCCAUCGAGGAGGCCGAGCGGGAAGGUAAAGUAUUAGACAAGAGCGAGUUCAUGGAGACGCUGAAGGGCGGGCACUCGCAGGCGGGUGUUGGGGGCGCGGGUGGUGGUACACGGCUGCGUGGCAAGGCGGCGCGCGCGAGGCCGAAGACCAUACACGUGGACUCCGGCGCGCUGCACGCAGCUGAGGGCAUGCUAGCCAAGCAGCCCUCCGCCACCAACCUCUCGGCGGGCGGCACGAUGCGGCGCGACUACUACCGCGGCUCGCAGGACAGCCUCGCCGAGCGCGCUGGCCUCUAUAGAGAGUCUCCAGUUGAAGAUCGGGGCGGAGUCUCUCCGGGGAGUGCGUCUAGCGGCGCCCUGGGCAGGCGGGGCUCCUGCAAGACCUCACGAGAGCGAGUCAAUGACGAGGCUCAGUCGGCACGUGGAAGGUCUAAAUAUUCCACUUACCAGAGUAACUUUAAGGCGGGGAGGAAAUCUAGCUCUCUUAUGAACUUGUGCGACUCGGGGCUGGGACGUGCGACUCCGCCGCGCAGGGCCGCGUCCCCGGCGCUGCGGGCGCGCGGCGCGGGCUCCCCGGCCUCGGGCCCCGGCUCCCUGCCCGCGCCCCCCACUGCCAUAGGCCGCCGUCGUGCGCCUCCAGACGACGCCUCAGAUGUCUCCUCCACGCACUCCUCCAUCAUGGACUACUCGGGUCCGAAGCUGUACAAGCAGCCGACGACGAAGUCAAACCGCGGCAUAAUGCUGAACGCGGUGGAGUACUGCGUGUUCCCCGGCGCGGUCAACGCGGAGGCGAAGCGGCGCGUGCUGGAGGAGGUGGCGCGCUCAGAGAGCAAGCACUUCCUGGUGCUGUUCCGCGACGCCGGAUGUCAGUUCCGCGCGCUCUACUCGUACUGCCCCGACACAGAGCUCGUCGCCAAACUCUACGGCACCGGCCCCAAACACGUCAACGACAGGAUGUUCGACAAGUUCUUCAAAUACAAUUCGGGCAGCAAGUGCUUCUCGCAGGUGCACACGAAGCACCUGACGGUGACCAUCGACGCGUUCACGAUACACAACUCGCUGUGGCAGGGCAAGAAGGUGCAGCUGCCCAGCAAGAAGGACAUGGCGCUGGUCAUCUAGGCCGCUCCGUCCACACGCCCCGCGCCCCGCGGCCGCACGCACGCUUUACGAGACAAACGCUUUUAUUAAUAAGGUUAUCUAGUCGCCGGCGGCACUCGAGUCAAGCCUUCAGUCCUCGGCUAACGCUUCGUAGGACAACACUGCCAGGGGCCGGCAUCGAUCACGCGAAUCCUCGGAAGGGACCCGCGUUUAUGUCGAUCAGCUCUCCCCAAUGGUGUUUAUGGUUCUGGAUAAUUGUUAUAAAUGGUGAUGUGUAUGGAUCGAAAAUGUUAGGGAUUGUAUGAGAAUGUAUGGUGUGAUAGCUUUACCGGUGCGCGCAGCUCGCGACGGAGCGGCCGCGCGGCGCCCGAGCCCUGCGCCAAACAAAUGUUUACUUUGUAUACAAAUUAUAUUACAUCAUAUUGUAUACAUGACAGAAUUACUAAUUUUAGUUUAUAUUUUAAUUAAGCCUAGCGAUUGAACUGUAGCUAACUCGAGCAAUAAUUCGAUUUCUAGCUGAGGCUAAAUAUUUGUAUUAUUUCAAAGAAUCACAAUACUUUUAAGUUUUGCGUCACGGUCACAAACUGGACCUGAUUAAGUGGAAAAUGUAUAGUGUUUGUUGUUAGUCUUUCCCGUUUGGGAAAAAGCGAGAUGGUUCAUUUUAAACUGUUUACGCGAACAUUUGACAUUUACUUUAUUGAAUUUGUGUUGUGAUUGUUUAGUGGCAUUUCUGUCUGUUUUCUUCACUCUACGAUCUCUUAUUCGUCACACAGUCGUUUAUUUUAGGUACUAAGCGAAGUUGAUUGUUAAAUUUUUAUUUUACCUUGUUAGGUAAAUCGCUUCGCGCUAUAAGCUCAUUUAUUUCUUAAAUCAUGGCCUAAAACCAUAUAGUUUAAGGAGUACCGUGUCUCAAAAGUCAAAUUAUUUUAAAAAUUUUACUUGGUCAGGUUGUAUUUUAUUACUUUUUUUUUGUUUAUAUUUUCAUUUUUUUUUUCAUAAUUGUUUUAAUAAAUCAGACAUUGAAGCAGAAAUGUAUGCAUUAAAAAAGACAUUCUUGUGAAUAAAAUAAAUUGUCAUCGAGAGAUUGUUAAGGCAAGUGAGACAUGUGGGAGUGUUUGCCAUACGCGCCGCUCGCGAGGGGGGCGCUGCUGGCGGCCGUUCCGUCGCCCCUUAGUUAAUCUUAUCCCGUUAAGUAACAACUUCACAAAACUAAUCGUGCUUACUUGUUAUAAUAUUUAACUCGUUAGUGAUAAUUUCGAUUGACUGGAGCUGAUUUUAGCAAUUGCGUAUAUUAUUGUUUAGAAACAUUCAUUUAACGUUACUGGAAUCCCAUUUUUUACCGCUUGUAUAGCUAAAAUAAGACGAGGCACAUUUUACUUGGUAAUUGUCCUGCCUUACUCUGUACAUAAUUGUUUUUUGUAUACAGCUAUUUAUUAAAAGAAUGUUAAAAGAAAAUUGAUGAAUAUCAUUAUUUCAUUGUUCAAUGAUCGGUCAUCAAUAUACUAUCGAUAGUGUACGCUAUGCAAAUAUAUUGUAUUCAUAAAAAGCAUAACGAAAUAAUAUUGAAUU